CAGGCUGUGGCUGUAGAGCCAGGCUCAUAGAUUGAUGUGUGUGUUACCUGCCCCUCUCCGGAGAAUAGCACCAGCCUGGGCGGGUCCUUCACUGGAGACCAGAGAGGAAGAUCAAUACAACCAUCCGAUUGUUGAAAGGGCAGCCCUGGGUGCAUGGAGACAAUGCUGAUCACUGGACAUGACUGAUGCCAAUGGCUCAUUGCAAGAGCAGGCUGCCCAUGAGACUGGCUGGAUUCCUCUUUCUGGGUAUAUCAACUGUCCCAUCAACGGCCAUGAAGAAGUCACUCGUCUUCCAUAUAUGUGGGAUGCUAUGUAGUAUCCUGCUGCUAUCACCAAAUGCAACAUGCCUUUCUCUACAGAGACUGGUUAAGCGGAAUAUCCCUGAAGGCAAUGGAGGGUUUGAUGGAACAGUUAAUUCAUAUGAUGGUAAUAUUCUUCCACCCACUCCGUCUGUCUUUGAAAAAGAUACGAACAUGUCUUCUUAUGUGACCUCAUCAGACAUUGCAGUUUCCGAAAAACCUCAGAAUAACUCAAGUCUACUGAGUAACAACACUUUGGAUGAAAUGAGCCUAGACGUCAGUAAUCCUGGACUUAUUACAGAGGCAGGUCCGUCUGGACAAAGUAAGAAUGGGCUUCUCACCACAGCCGGUUCCACCACAGAUUAUGUCCCAAGUGUGGCCUCUCCAGUUGAAGCCAACAAGGAAAAUACAGAGGAAAGUCUUACCCAAACAGAAGAGAGUGAUGCUGACUUAAAUCUAAGCAAUUUGGAAAAUUCAUCUCAGAUCAGCACCUUAGAGAUGUUAACAACCAACCCAAGGACCAGCAUUGUUGAAACCAAACUUGACUAUUCUACAGUAUCUUCUCAUCUUGUUGACCAGUCAUCUACUAUGGUCAACACUGAGAUUCCUGCAGACCCGAACCUUACAACGAUAGUCAGUAAAAGUAAUGAGAAUGCAGAACUGAUGGUGUCAGAAUUAGGAGAAGACUGGGAUGAUACAAAGGGUACAACCCAGAGUCCUAAAUAUGUAGGUAGGGCUGAGCUUACAACAGCAGGUCCUGACCAUCUUGUCCAAGAAGAAGGUGCCGUGGCAGCAAUGUUUACGACAUCUCCUGGAAUAACUGUGAUGUCUGACGACAAAUCAGUCUUUAAUGUUACAGAAAAUUCACAUGUUACCGAACCAGGAGUCACCAAUUCAGUUGAAUUAACCCCAGUAAUUAAUGUUACCAUGUUCACACCCCAGACCAAUGUAGAGGUGAACCAAAGUCAAGACUUCUCUGCAGAAAAUACAGGUAUUCAGCAGCUGACCUUAGAUGUUAGUGAGAACAGCAAUGUCACGAUGACAGCUGCCAUCUAUAUGAAUGUUACAAGUCAAGAUACCACCUGGGAGCCUGAAGUGACCAAUGAAGAGAGAGUGACAGUAAUGGAUAGUGUUACUCCACACAUGGAGGAUGAAACUAAUGAUGGCCCAUCACCCACUGUUAAGACUCAGGCUAGUGAAGUCCCCAGCAGUGAUGGAUUGAAUCCAUCAUCCAAAGAAGAGGAGUUUCCAGCUACUUCUGUAUCACCAGUUGCACCAAUGGCCACCACAGAGGCUGACUCUACCACCAUCAUCAGUACAGUCACUUCUGUGUCCCAUGUGAGUGUCGACAUCCCCCCAACCAGAAGAAUCACAACCACAGCAUCCUAUGGGUUGGACAGGCUAGAAUCUGAAGACGCAGAUGAGGAGGACGACGAUGAGGAAGAUGAAGAAGACGAUGAUGAGACAGAUGAAGAUGAUGAAGAAGAGGAUGAUGAUAAUAAAGAUAAUGACUCCGUGGAUGAAAGCUCAGAGAGAGAUUUGGAUGUUCCACUCUUCACCCUCCCAGGACUGUCCUCUCAAGAACCUCUUGAAGAUGAUGCCAACAUUGCCCUGAUUGAAGGAGCUGCUUAUCCAGUCCCAGACAGCAUGGCGUGGGAACAACAAAAUCAAGGACUAGUGAGAAGUUGGAUGGAGAAGCUUAAAGAUAAGGCAGGAUACAUGUCUGGGAUGCUGGUACCUGUGGGAGUUGGUAUAGCUGGAGCACUUUUUAUCCUUGGAGUUCUGUACAGCAUAAAGAUUAUGAACCGCCGCAGGAGAAAUGGCUUCAAACGACAUAAAAGAAAGCAGAGAGAGUUUAACAGCAUGCAAGACCGCGUCAUGCUCUUGGCGGACAGUUCAGAAGAUGAAUUUUGAUUGGAAAUGCUUCAAGACACCCUGGGAUUCAAUGACAGUUUUGCGAGAAAGUGAAUACAGUUCCUGCAACAUCACUGCUAUCAGCCAGCUGUAUAACACCCCGUAGUGAUUAUCAUGCAUUGAGGUCGACAGCAUGCUGUCUUGUACAUGUUUGUUUUUAUACAACAGUGAAAUGAUACGUGUUAAUAUGCAAAGUCCUUUUAGUGUACGUGUGAUACGUUUUAUAGCAAGCUAUUUUUUGUACGUUGUAAGAAUUUGUUGUCAAAAAUGCAGGAGAUGUAAAUAGUAGGAAUGAACAAAUCUGGGCUGGUGCUACAUGGGCAGCUUUGUGAUCCCAAUGCCGACAGACCUAGUAACUAGUUGUCCUAGAUAAGGAAACAACACCACUCUUGUGUAUCGGUUGUUUCUGGUACUAGGACCAAGCUGCAGUUUCAGAUACAACCAAUGGACAGGUGUGGCACUAUGUAAGGAAUCCUGGACAACCCCUUGAAACCAUAGUGGUUUACCCUUAAUUCCAAUGGCAACAUUGGUUUGUAAUGAAAAUGAGGUAUAAGUCACUAUGGUUCAGGGUUUUCAGAACUGCUAAAACAAUGUUACAGCAAUAAAGUAGCCCAUGUUGCCCUAGCCAUAAAAAGGAAAUAAAACAUGUUGAUGAAUGUUUCAAAGAAGAUUUAUUACAGACGUAGUUACCAAAAUUUUAAAAGCCAAAAUUGGGACAGUUAAUAGGGUACUUCAGUACUUUAAAAUGUAUGCCUUACCUAUUCCUUGCCCUAGGAAAUAAGUGUCUGAUUGUGGGGUCCAACAGCUGAGACCCCUGUGACCUCCAGAAUGGGGCCCCAGCUUUCUAUGUGCAUAGAGUGGGUUCGAAUCACCCUUCAUGUACUGUCUUUGGGAGUGGCGGAGAUACAUGAGCACUGUACUUGUGUCUCUUUAGUGCUCUCAUAGACAGUGCAUGCAUAUAGGGAAUGUGUUUUAAAGUAUUUGGGUAUGCCUUUAAUCCCGACCCUAAAUCCAUCUAGAAACACCCUGUGACACCCGCUGGGAUGGUCCCUUUUGUGCCCCGGUUCACGAGACUUUAGAAACAAGACCCGGUCUGUUGGUUUUUCACAGUAUGUUUUUUUUUUUUUGCUCUACAACUGCUCUCAACAAGAUAACCUCUACUCUAAAGAACAUUCUGCCAAUAAGCUGGUUCACCUUCUUACUCCCAUCCAAGGAACAGACAUUGCUAGGUAAGGCAGCCAGUUAAAUAAAUAGGGACCAGGUAAUAUAUGACAGGGUCGAAUCUAUGGCAGAAAUUUUUCUUAGCCAGCAGUAUAGGACCUCCCUCUAUGGCAUAUGGACAGGGAUUAUCAUGGUGAGAGAAGCCCUUUGAAAAUUAAAAAGGACUCAUAUAAACUGGUGUAUGUAAUCAUGGCUUUGAGCCCCAUAGAAAUGAAUAAGGUCCGUAAAGAAAAAUGUUAGCCCCACAAUUGGGCGCCUAUAGAACUUGAUUAUAUCUGCCAUUCACUUUAAUGCAGAUGUAAUGAAAACAUAGUUGACUACAUAGUUAAAUAUAGCAAAGAUAUACAAAUGCAUACUAGCCCAGGUGUAAGCCAAAAGACACUCUUUUAGCAUACGGCUGGCUAAUGUAAGACUAUCGGUAUGUAAGAUGCAUACUACAGGAGAAUUUCUGAGUAUGUUCUCUGAAUUUUGACUACAAAUAUGGUAACCUUAGCAACUUGGGAUGUGCAAGAAAUAGUUGUGUAUAUGAAUUUAAGAACCUUUAAGGAAAGGUUUUGUAACACUUUGUAAUUAUUCAUCUACAUUAGUAGAACUGACCUAUUGUUGUGCCUUUAGUCCCCUUUACCUAUCCUAUAUGUCAGUUUCAAACAAAUCUAAUAUUUUAUCAUCUGUUUUUCCUUUUAACUGUUGAAGUGAAGGUACAAAGGUUUAUCCAGCAUAAACCAGGCAGAGAAUCUCUCCAAUUUACAGGAAUGAAAUAGUCGGAGUUAGUAGACAGUAGGCUCUUGUAUUCUUAUGUAAUAACAAUUUGUUAGAUCACUAAACUAUUUCGGAAAUUAGACUAUUGACUGUGUCUUCACCAAAAUUUGGUUAGUAAAAAAAUGGACCUGUGUUUGGGUAUAAAGCAGCCACGUGCCCACCUGUUUAAAGGGGUACUCCGCUGCUCAGCGGUCGGAACAUAGCCCCGUCCCCUCACGAUGUCACGCCCUGCCCCCUCAAUGCAAGUCUAUUGGAGGGGCGUGACGGCUGUCACCCCCCCUCCCAUAGACUUGCAUUGAGGGGGCUGGUGUGACAUCAAUGAGGGGGCGGGGCUAUGAUGUCACAAGCUCCCAGCGCCGACUCCAGCAUUCGGAACAGUUUGUUCCGAACGCUGAGCAGCAAACUACCCCUUUAAGGCCUUUUUCAUAUUGCCGUCAUGCUCCACUAUAUGGAGCUCCGUUGGCUAUUUUAUUUCUCCGCUAGACUCCAGUAAACUACCAGAUCCCAGAUGGACCCCAUUCAAGUCAGUGGGAUACUUUAGGACCUGGUGGGGACCCGGUGGAGUCAGUUGUGCUCCAACCCAUUGUGCGGCCAGUCGCCACAAAAAAAUAAAUAAAUAGACAAAUGGAACCAGAACGGGACAGAGCACUGCGGUAAUGUUAACAUAGCCCUACUGCUCCAGCUCUGAUGGUACCCUGUAAGCCACCGUUUACAUCACAGCAGCAAUAAUGUUCUGUACUUGCAUGUGCCUACUGCAGCCAGUCACUUGCCAUGGGAAAUAUGCCAGCUUGUGAAUGACGAGGCCAAUGAUAGGCUGCAGUGGUAACAAGUCAGUACAAUGAGAAAUCAUGUGCCUGCAUCCCUACAGCAGCAAAUCAGAGUUAAAAGUUUACUAAAUGUUCUACUAAAGAUCACUGUAUAAUGUGAUAGCAUCAUAUGUCCUAGCUUUGAAAAAUUGUUUGCAAUAUUCAUUUUGGAGUGAGCAAUAAUUUGAGAUGAUAUGUAAUGAAAAUGCUGGAGCCUGGAACAUAAUACUAAUGGAAAAGAUUGGGUGCCUUUUUACAGUCUACGGCACGAUAUACCAGGCGGUUAGCAAAUAUACAAAAUGUGAAUUGUUCUUCUCACAUGUUUUCUGUAAAAAGUGAAAUUUCACAAUAGCCUAGUGAACAAAAACUGAAUCACUCCUUACUACUUUUAUAUGUAAUGUAUUUUAUGGUUGUUCUUUAUUGCUGGCCAUACUCAUCCGAUAAAGGUUGGCUGGUGAUUUAGGGUGGAUUGGCCAAUGAUGUGUGUAGGGGCCUCCUCUCUCAUGACAGCUUAUGUUAGGAAAAAUGGGAUAGGUGCCAGCAAGGUCUCUAUUCCUCUCUUCCCAUUAAAAUAAUCGUAUAUGCUGAGCCAAGCCAGGGUGCAUGCUUGUUGUGCCAUCAGGCGACAUAGCGGUUGGCCGACAACUUGUGUAUGGCCAGCUUAAUAUUGACCAUAGUACUCCAUCGCAUGUGACGGGAUGGGGUUACUAUAACCAACAAUACAAAAGAAUAAAUGGAUGUUCAUCAUCAUAAAUGAUCAAAUAAAGAUGAAAAAGAACAAGGUCCAUUUUGAUCUUCAAUAGGUGGUUUACAUCAAUGAAUUUCUGUCAAUAUGUCACAGCUAGAAUAUGUUCUAGUCUAGCAAAAUAUUCAGACAGAGAAUCUAUAUUAUUAUUUUCUUUUUUUCCCCCAGUAAAGACAUGAAAGAACUUAAAUGUUCAGUACGUUGUUUUUGUAAACCAUCCCAACUAUAUUACUUAUUCAAUUGGCUCCUUCUUUGAUUUCUCAUAUUGACCACCCACUAAAGGGAAGAUUAUUAUAAAAACUUAUGGGUAAAUUUUCCUUAAGACAUUUUAACUAUUGGGCAUAUCAUGCAGCAUGGUAGUCCACCAGGAGUUUGCAUCCCAUAUAUUUAUUAUUUAUCCAAUGCAUUUUAGAUUAAGCAACUUUAAAGGGGUACUUCGCCACAAGACAUCUUAUCCCCUAUACCAAGGAUAGAGGAUAAGAUAUCUGAUCGUGAGGGGUCUGGCCACUGCCCCCCCCCCCCCCCGAUCUUAAGGCCAGCUUGGAGCUUCUGUGUUCAUGAUGUCACGCAACGCCCACUUCAUCUACAUUCAUGUCUAUGGGAGGGGACGUGUCGGCUAGUACACAACUGUCACGCCCCCUCCCAUAGACAUGAAAGGAGGGGGCGUGAUGGCUGUGGUCACCCAUCAUCUGGCACAGAGUGGAGUUCACUCAGUACAAGGGAUGACUGUGGUGCCAAGCCGGGGGUUGCAGGGGGGGUCCCACAGGUGAUCCCCCGCGAUCAGACAUCUUAUCCCCUAUCUUUUGGAUUGGGGGAUAAGAUGUCUAGGAGGGGAGUACCCUUUUAAUCCUCUUUGGGUGUUAAUGGCUGUAAGGCCAAUUUGAAUUUACUUAAAGUUCUUAUUUGUACUUGCACAUCUAUAGGAACAAGGAUUUUACAGCAUACAAUUGGCCUUCAGCUUAAGGCCAACCAUGAAAUAUAUUACAUAUAUAAAGUAUCCGAAUUGCAGCAUUUUCCAAUAUAGUGUAAACACAUGGCAAUACUAAUACAUAUGUAGAAAUAUUCUUGAAUGCUAGUAUGUGCUUGUCAAUUUUCUACUGUACCAAUGACAUGGACAGAUAGUCAUGUCAGUAAAUAAAAGAGCGACUUUGAAUUUUGACUUUGUAACCAUUGGUCUGACAACAAAACUAAAUAAAUAUCUUCUUAACAUGUAUUGCAUGGAGUCGCUGUAGAACUAUAUGCUGCAAGUCAACGUGAAGUAAUGUCGAAUUAAAAAAGGGUUCCAAAAUCCUGUUGCUUCAUUUUUUAUAGCAUUGAUUAAAUAGAAGUCCUGAAA